AAUAGCAACAUGGCGGUCAAGAGUUAUUUAAUUUGUGUUUUAUUAUGUGCUUUACUACAAAUAUCGCAUGGACAAGUGCGUCUCGUGGAUGGGAAGAUUAAAAUGCAAAUUGGCACAACAGCGAGGUGUCCAGAUGCAAUGAGGUUCAUGACACAAUUAGUGCCAGUGUAUGAGAAAUACAAGCAGUUCCUUGAUAUUGAAUUCGUACCGUGGGGAAGAGCAAGAAGAGACGAGAGUGGUCAGCUCAGUUGCCAGUUUGGCGUCAACGGUUGUUGGGCAAACCGCUUCCAUAGAUGCGUUCUUCACUUGUUAAAAGAUAACCAGGACGCGGCAAUAAAGUUCAUGCAGUGUGAGUUCACUGACGCCUUGCCUGGAUUUUCAGGUAGCUAUUACUGUGCGACUCAUGUGGGUCUGCGUUUGAUCGAGGUGGAUAACUGUAUGGCGACAACAGGAGAUGCUCUGGAGGGACCAGCUGAAGCGGCCGCUGCAGAUCCCAUUAGAAUUAUAAACUUCGUCCCUUAUAUUGUGUUUAAUGGUGGUAUCGAUCGUCAUACCUCGACCCAAGCGAGGAACCGACUUGAAAGUGUUAUUUGUUUUGCAUUGGCUGAUACUCCGGGCACUGGUGUGACUCACUGUAAAAUAUAAAAUAACUAAUAACGA